AAUAUAAACGCGACGAUAUCACAUGAAAAUUAUAGCUUUUCUACCGGUGCCUGGCACCGAAUCAUCUGAAAUGACAUCAAAUUUUGUACUCCAAUCAUUGGAGUCUAAUGUAUAUUAUUAUAAAAACGCAUAUUGUGCCCUUCUCUUUUGCUUAAGAAUAGAGCAUCAUAUUAAGUAAAGAUAGUAAACGGGCAUAAAUGAAAGCAUGAUCCGAACUAAAGUAGACAUGAUUGUAGAUUUAAACUACAAAAUAGACUUGUCCCAAUGGAACAAUGGUGACGUCAGUUUAAAGUACAUUUUGAACGUGAUGACCAAUCAAGAGGAAAGAGUGGUACUUGCGACCAAAUCCAAGAAUGCCACUUGCACCGUACUUGUGGUCGAACGCCAAGUGGACAAUAAUAACGACCAUUGUAAAGAAAAUAUCUACAUCGCAGGUGGACAACACAGUGGCAUAGUGGUUAAUAAAGUUGGAAACUAUAUAAGCAGUGAUGACACACCAGCAGAUACUUCUGUACAAUUUAGUGUAUUCUUGGUCAAUAAACAGACAGGAAUGCACACCAAAGAAAGUCGAACCAUUAAGUUCUGGUGUAAACCCGACCGAACGGAAGAUGCGUCUACAAUAGCUUCCAAAUUUUUCCAGGACGUUAUACUUCCUGACCAAUUUCCAUUAGAUUAUGUGGGUUUCGUCAAAAGAAUUCUGACAUUGAUACAUAAAGAGUACACAGAUGUCGUCAAACUGGAAAUUGAAUUAAAACAAUUGGGAGAAAUAACACAAGUUCCAUCGCGUCCAGUUUCCGCUGAACCGGAGUCGUCCAAAGUAGAAAUAACUCCAACUAAACUUCGAGAACUAAUUGAGUCGUCGUAUCCUAAUCCAUUGACUAUUGACGAGAUAUCAAAAAAAAAAGGAUGGGAUCGCAUAGAAAUACACGAUAUUAUGGACGGGCUACAACGGGCUGGAAUCGUAAAACUUGUAGACGGCGGUGCAUAUACAAGAGUCGUACUGCACGACAAGAUCGUGGAACAAAUGCCGGUGUUCCAAAAAAACCGGCAGCCAACCGUAGCAAUAAUCACUGCAGAGUAUUGCGAAAAAGUUGCUGUGGACGCGCUAAUUGACAACAAAGAAACGUUUGUACGAUACACCACAGUAGGUAGGGUUCCUAAAUAUUUUAAUUUUGGAGAAUCUAAUGUAUACACUUUAGGAAAAAUGGGUAAUCACAGUGUAGUGUGCACUAAAUUACCAGCUUUGGGUUUAAGUAGACAGGCUACAACAGCUGCGGGAAAUGCCAUUACUCGCCUUCUAGGGACGUUUCAGAGAGUUGAGCAUGUUUUUGUGUGCGGUGUUGGUGGUGGAGUGCCACAUUUCACGGAUUACGACAGACACGUUAAAUUAGGAGACGUAGUUGUCUCUCAUUUCGGAAAUAAUCAAAAAGCGAUCUAUACAUAUUGUGAGAACGUAAAUAACGAAAAUGGUAACACAGAGUUUUUAUGUCGUCAGUACUGUCCUCAGAGGUUGGACAUACAAAUUGCCGCCGUGAAGUUACAAAAUGAGGUAAAAUCAGCUGAAAACAAACCAAUGUGGGAUAUGUUUUUGAGUGAAGGAUUAGAUAGAAUUAGUCAACAAAAACAUGAUGAUAGUCAUGCUACUAAGUAUAAUCGCCCACCAGAAGAUUCUACUAAACUUCGUAUGUGUGUAGGUGGCACAGACCUCAUUGAAAUAACUCAUCCAAUCCCAAAACAAAAGGAAAAGAAUAAGGGACCAAGACUUCACGUAGGACCCGUUGGUGGUGGAUGUAGUGCAACAUAUAAUGAUUUUAUAAGACAAAAAUUUACAAUGGAAUAUAAACUACUAGCUGUUGAUUCGGAAUUUGAUUCUGUUAUGGGAUCCUUAAUGGGUAAUUAUUGUCAUUCAUAUGCAGUAGUUAGAGGAAUUUCAGACUAUAAAGAUGGAUCUAUCAAAAAUAAAUGGCAACCAUAUGCGUCAUUAGCUGCAGCAUCUGUUAUCAAAUCAAUAUUAUCUAUUCUUAAUACAUAAUUCAUCUUGAUUUCUUAUAUUUCAAGACACCAAUGAAAAUAAUUUGAAAAAAUUAAUAAAGUACAAAUUAAUUUAUUGUAAUUGUACCUUAAAUUGUUAAAUAAUUUCUAAAAUGUAUUUGAUUUUGGUAACACGGGUAUUUGUUCCAAAUAGUAAUUGAAUGUUUACUAUUAAUUCAAUAUAACUUAGACUAGUCCAUGAUUUCAAUGAAUGUUAUAUUUUGCUCUAAUUAAUU